GAUGGGAAUCAAGACGACAGCAUAUUUACCACGUCAUGUGAUCCAUUACACACCCAAGGAGAUCCAGUCACGCGAGCUAGAGUUAAGAAGAUGCGUGAAGCUUUAAAUGGCCUUAUUGAGCAAAUCUGGGUUGAAAACAACAUACAACAAGCAAAUCGAAGCUUGGAUGAUUAUCAAGGCAUGGUAAACAUCAUUCAGGUUCAAGAGAAGCUUAAUUGAGGUUUCAAUCAUGUCAAGCGGUGAUGACAGAAAACACCAAGUGGAUUAUUCCUUCAUGCUCAAAGCUAUGCAACAACAAUUUCAGAGGCUAGACAUCAUGUUUGGUGAAAUUAAAGACAAAAUGGAGAAGAAAGAUGCAGCCACUGCCAAGUUAUACCAAAUACAGAAUGGAAGUCCAAAUUUGCAUAAUCACGAUCUUGAUGACAAUGAUGAAGACGCAUUCAACGAUGAUGCCCAGAACUCAAAUUUUAGCAUGGACAGAUUUAUGAGAAGUAGAAGGGGUCAAAAAUAUAGAUUUAACAAAGGAGACCAAAAUCUGGCAAGGUGGGGAGAUCGGCAAGAUCAUGACUUAGGCAGCAUCAAGCUGAAGAUUCCUCCAUUCCAAGGAAAAAAUGAUCCAGAUGUGUAUUUGGAGUGGGAAAAGAAGGUGGAAUAUACUGUUGAUGGAGAACUACUUGUCACUAGGCAAGCUUUGAAUGUGCAAGCGAAAGAAGAUGAUGAAGUACAACGUGACAAUAUAUUUCACACGAGGUGCCAUGUCAAAAACAAGCAUCCAAGGCCAUAUAAGUUGCAAUGGUUAAAUGAUUGUGGAGAAAUUAAGGUAAAUAAGCAAGUUCUGGUUUCAUUCUCUAUCGGACGAUAUAAGGAUGAGGUACUGUGCGAUGUCAUUCCCAUGCAUGCGGGACAUUUACUUUUGGGGAGACCAUGGCAAUAUGAUAGGAGAGUAACACAUGAUGGCUUCAAAAAUCGCUAUUCGUUCAUCAUGGAAAGGAAAACAAUUACUCUUGCACCAUUGAGUCCAAGGCAGGUUUAUGAGGAUCAACUGAGAGUAAAAAAAGAGAGUGAGCUGAGAAAUGGGAGUGAGCUUGAGGGUACGAAAAACAAAGAGAAAACAGCAGAAAAAGAGUCCAAAAAGAGAGAAAAGAUUGAGAGUGUUGAAAACAAAGAGAGAAAAUCAGUGAGUGUUUAUGCAAAAGAAAGUGAUGUCAAGGCUGCGUUCUUUGCGAACCAGCCUAUGUUUGUGCUUCUGUAUAAAGAUGCUUAUUUCAACACUAACGAACUUAAUGAUUCUUUGCCUAGUGUUGUUAAAUCUCUUUUGCAGGACUUCAAGGAUGUGUUUCCAGAUGAUGUUCCUAAUGGUUUACCACCAGUAAGAGGAAUCAAGCAUCAAAUUGACUUCAUUCUUGGUGCAACAAUUCCAAACCGACCAGCAUAUCGAAGCAAUCCCAAUGAGACAAAAGAACUUCAAAGGCAGGUCGAAGAACUCAUGAAAAAGGGACAUGUGAGAGAAAGCAUGAGUCUAUGUGCAGUACCAGUGCUACCUGUGCCUAAGAAGGAUGGGACUUGGCGUAUUGGCAUUGGCGCUGUUUUGAUGCAAGAGCGGCGACCUACUGCAUUUUUCAGUGAAAAAUUGACUGGUGCAGCACUUAACUAUCCUACUUAUGACAAGGAGAUGUAUGCAUUGGUAAGAGCUUUAGAGACAUGGCAGCAUUAUCUUUGGCCUAAGGAGUUCAUGACACAUACUGAUCAUGAGUCGUUGAAGCACCUGAAGGGACAAGGUAAGUUGAAUAGAUGACAUGCUAAGUGGGUGGAAUUCCUUGAGACGUUUCCCUAUGUGAUCAAGUAUAAGCAAGGAAAGGAAAACAUUGUGGUUGAUGCAUUAUCUCAUAGGUACACACUUAUCUCUACCCUAAGUGCAAAGUUAUUAGGUUUUGAGCACAUUAAAGAAUUAUAUGCUAA